CAUUUCCUGAAGUUGUUGCUGCUUCAGUUGAAGUUGUUGGCGCUGGUGUUGAAGUUGUUGGCGCUGCAGUUGAAGUUGUUGGCGCUGGUCUUGAAGUUGUUGCUGCUGCGGUCGAAGUUGUUGGCGCUGGUGUUGAAGUUGUUGGCGCUGGUGUUGAAGUUGUUAGCACUGAUGUUGAAGUUGUUCCUGCUGCAGUUGAAGUUGUUGGUGCUGCAGUUGAAGUUGUUGGCGCUGGUGUUGAAGUUGUUGGUGCUGCAGUUGAAGUUGUUGCUGCUGCAGUUGAAGUUGUUGGGCUUGGUGUUGAAGUUGUUGGUGCUGCAGUUGAAGUUGUUGGCACUGGAGUUGAAGUUGUUAGCGCUGGUGUUGAAGUUGUUAGCGCUGGAGUUGAAGUUGUUAGCGCUGGAGUUGAAGUUGUUGGCGCUGGAGUUGAAGUUGUUGGUGCUGCAGUUGAAGUUGUUGCUGCUGCAGUUGAAGUUGUUGGGCUUGGUGUUGAAGUUGUUGGUGCUGCAGUUGAAGUUGUUGGCGCUGGUGUUGAAGUUGUUAGCGCUGGAGUUGAAGUUGUUAGCGCUGGUGUUGAAGUUGUUAGCGCUGCAGUUGAAGUUGUUGGCGCUGGUGUUGAAGUUGUUGGCGCUGCAGUUGAAGUUGUUCCUGCUGCAGUUGAAGUUGUUGGUGCUGCAGUUGAAGUUUUUCCUGCUGCAGUUGAAGUUGUUGGUGCUGCAGUUGAAGUUGUUUGCGCUGCAGUUGAAGUUGUUGCUGCUGCAGUUGAAGUUGUUGGCGCUGGUGUUGAAGUUGUUGGCGCUGGUGUUGAAGUUGUUGGCGCUGCAGCUGAAGCUGUUGGCGCUGAUGUUGAAGUUGUUUCUGCUGCAGUUGAAGUUGUUGGUGCUUCAGUCGAUGGUGCAGUACACACGAUACCAUCACCAAGGUAAGGAGGCAAACAGGUGCAGUUAUAAGAUCCAAUGAUAUUGGUGCAGUUUGCGUUGCUACUACAAGGAGAUGAUUCUACGCAUUCAUUUAUGUCGCUGCAGUGUGUUCCAUUACCACUGAACCCAUUCUCGCACGUACAGAUAUAAGAACCU